UUUUUUUUUUUUUUCUAAAACUUCAUUCGUGUUGAAACGGAGGGAGUAUGAAAUAUUGCGGAAGUUUGUUUGUUUCAGUACUCUUAAGGAAAGCUGCUGCUUUCUUGAAUUGCCAACUACAGAUUACACCAUUUUAUUUUCAUGUCUAUACAUAUAUGGCACUUUCAACCUUUCUUCUGCAAUCACGUACUACUAUGUGUUCAAGUGAGAAAUGCUUGAGAAGUGCACUGAUAUUUGAAGCUCAGAGACGAUAUAGGAGCUUUUUGAGUAAAAAUAUGAGGUUUAACAAUUUUCUUUCGUCCAAGAUGUCGACAGUGUUUUCUAGGUCGAAGCAUAAGCUUUCAGAAAAGCUGUUGAUGGAAGUAGAUGUUUAUGGCCGCGCAAGUGGCAAAGAUAGGUCUAAGUUACGAAAUAAGGGUUCUGUGGUGAUGGGUUAUGGUGGUUUAGAUGACCUAAUUGAUGGUGAAGGAACUGAUGAACAAUCUAAUAUUCAUCUUGAUGGAGGAGCAGAUGACUAUGAUUUCGUCUUAAUGUGUAAACAAUUUGCUUCAAUCAUGUUGGGUUCUUCUCCACCUGUUGAAUUAUACUGUGGGAUGACACCCAACCAUGGAGACAACGGGCUUUGGGCCACUAAAAUUUGUAGAGAGUUUCUGUCUAGCCCCGAGGGUGAACAAUUGAUCAGUCCUGAUUCACUGUAUGAAACAUGGCAUAGUUUAUAUUCAGGGGCUGCUAAUAUGGUUUCCACCACUUAUAUUCCUGAUACUUUGGAGACAGAAACAAGACAAAACUUGCAGUUCACUGUAGAUAAACCUUCUAACCUGCCUCAGCAUGGGGUCAAACAGAAUGAUGGAUUGGUUGAAGUGAUGCUUGAUCAAUCUAUUAGCUUUAUUCCAGGGCUCAGCAAACGAAACUCUCAUCAGCUGGAAAACUGUGGCUUUCACACGGUGCGGAAAUUGCUGCAGCAUUUCCCUCGGACAUAUGUUGAUCUGCAAAAUGCACAGAUUGGAAUUGAGGAUGGGCAAUACUUGAUCUUUAUUGGAAAAAUCUUAUCCUCAAGGGGAAUAAGAGCUAGUUAUUCAUUGUCAUUUCUUGAGGUGGUUGUUGCUUGUGAUGUUGUAGACAAUGAGUCGUUAUCAACUUCUAAGGAUGAUGGUGCUGAUUUAAUGACUGAUAAAACUGAUAAUGGAAGGAAGAGAACAGUAUUUUUACACUUGAAAAAGUUUUUCCGAGGCACUCGCUUCACGUACCUACCUUUUCUCAAGAGCCUAGAGGAGAAGCAAAAGGUGGGAGACAUUGUAUGUGUCAGUGGUAAGGUGCGGAUUAUGAGGUCAAAAAAUCAUUACGAGAUGAGGGAAUACAACAUGGAUGUGCUACAAGAUGAAAAGGAUCCAUCAUUUUGUGCACAAGGGAGGCCGUAUCCUAUAUAUCCUUCAAAAGGAGGUUUGAGCUCUAACUUCCUUAGGGAUGUGAUUUCAAGAACGUUAAAGGUGCUUCCGUCCAAUAUCGAUCCUAUACCGGAAGAUCUUGCUCAUGAUUUUGGACUCCUAUGCCUUCAUGACGCAUAUGCAGGAAUUCACCAGCCAAAAAGUGUAAAAGAGGCUGAGUUAGCUCGCAAAAGGCUUGUAUUUGAUGAAUUCUUCUAUCUUCAGCUAGGGCGGUUAUUCCAAAUGCUUGAAGGUCUUGGUACAAAAGUAGAGAAAGAUGGAUUGCUGGAUAAGUAUCGGAAAUCUGAAUUUAAUUUGAUUAACACAGAUGGAUGGUCCAUGCUGACUAAAAAGUUUCUGAAGGCUCUUCCAUAUUCUCUUACAUCGAGUCAACUGCGAGCUGCUUCAGAAAUUAUUUGGGAUCUAAAGCGACCUGUCCCAAUGAAUCGUCUACUACAGGGUGAUGUUGGAUGCGGGAAAACUGUGGUUGCAUUUUUAGCAUGUUUGGAGGUUAUCGGGUUAGGUUAUCAGGCAGCUUUUAUGGUCCCAACCGAGUUGCUUGCUGUUCAGCAUUAUGAGCAAAUUCAAAACUUAUUGGCAAACAUGGAAGAGGCAGAAUGCAAACCAUCAGUUGCUUUAUUGACUGGCUCAACAUCUACAAAGGAAUCACGAUUGAUUCACCAGGGUAUCCAAGCUGGAGAUAUCUCUUUGGUCAUUGGGACUCACAGCUUAAUCGCUGAAAAAGUGGAAUUUUCAGCUUUACGCAUCGCUGUUGUGGAUGAGCAACAUCGCUUUGGAGUAAUCCAGAGAGGACUAUUUAACAGCAAGUUAUAUUAUAACUCAAUAAGUUCCAAGCUCUCUUCGAACAUCCCAGACGAUUCCUCCAAGGACAGUGUAAUUAUGGCUCCCCAUAUUCUAGCUAUGUCGGCCACUCCAAUUCCAAGGUCGCUGGCUCUGGCUUUGUAUGGAGACAUGUCUUUGACACAGAUCACUGAUUUGCCUCCUGGAAGAAUUCCUGUUGAAACAUUUGUAAUUGAAGGAAAUGAAGCUGGAUUUGAGAAGGUCUAUCAGAUGAUGUUUGAUGAGUUAGAAGCAGGGGGUAAAAUAUAUCUUGUUUAUCCAGUCAUUGAACAGUCCGAGCAAUUGCCUCAGCUUCGUGCAGCUUCUGCUGAUCUUGAGAUUAUAUCUCAAAAGUUUUCAGGGUACAACUGUGGUCUCUUACAUGGAAAAAUGAAGGGUGAUGAUAAAACUGAAGCAUUAAACCUCUUCAGAUCUGGAGAAACCAAUAUCUUGCUCUCAACGCAAGUUAUUGAGAUUGGGGUUGAUAUUCCAGAUGCAUCUAUGAUGGUUGUUAUGAAUGCUGAGAGAUUUGGAAUUGCUCAGUUGCAUCAACUUAGAGGGCGAGUUGGACGCGGAGAAAGGAAGUCCAAGUGUAUAUUGGUGGCAUCAACCGACAGCAGUCUAAGUCGCUUGCAUGUUCUUGAGAAAUCAUCUGACGGUUUUUACCUCGCAAAUAUGGAUCUUGUAAUGAGAGGACCUGGAGACUUACUUGGGAGGAAGCAGUCUGGACAUCUUCCAGAGUUUCCUAUUGCUCGUUUAGAUAUAGAUGGAAAUAUCAUACAAGAUGCACAUCUCGCUGCUUUGAAAAUCUUGGGUGAUUCUCUUGAUCUGGAGAAAUAUCCAAACCUCAAGGCUGAACUUAGCAUGAGGCAGCCAUUGUGUCUUCUUGGCGACUAACCUCAGCACUUAUGACCGAUAAGGCGUGAAGAUUGCUACCGCGCUUCUCUGUUCGUACACUCAACUGUAUAUGUCGCCUCGUCUUUUGUCAAUCAUCGAUCGAUGAAAAAGUUCAUUUUUUCACAUGUUGUAAGAGGGGAUGUUGCUCAUUUCUGCAUAUCCAAUUUUGUUUGGCCUAUUGCAAGCUGCUACAGUUAAGUCUGGAGAAAUUUUCUA